CAUCAGUAACUUUUUUCUGUUCCAGUGAUAUAUAUAUAUAUACACAUAUAUAUAUAAGUUGACUGACAUCCUGCUCUUUUUUUAAAAUCAUUCCAUUUCUUACAUUUUUAUCUUAACACAUACCAAAUCCCACUUUAGUUAGAAUUUGACAUCGCCUUUUAUGCAAGCAACUCAGUUUGGAUUCAAGGUUGAGACACUUUUAGGAGAAACAUGAGUGUUUUUCUCAUGUGUAGAAUUUUAGAGACACAGCUGUAGGGUAAACCUCACCGUAUUGAUUUUCAUUAUGGCAGAUGCUCUUGACGUCAGGCGUUUGUGCAGGUUAAUGUCGAGAGCGUUCCCAUGAUAGGACAAGGUACAAGCAAGUGAUGUCUCUCGCAGGGGGUUGUAUCGAACCUUGGGUCCUGUUGUUAAAGAAGGACAUAAAUAGAGGAGAAGAGAACUGGACCACUCAGAUUUGUUUAGUUCUGAUCAAAAACCAUUCUUGAGCCGACAAAAAUGGUAAAUAUGCAUAUACCUAUUUUUAUGUGCAUACAUAAGCAUAGAAUAACAAUUUUUCAUCUAUUUCCUUUUCAUAGAUAUCAAGAAUGUGGAUUUUAUGGACGUGCACAGUGAUAUUUUUACUGGUCAGAGAGUGUCACUGCAUUCAAAAGACCACGUUAUCUAAGAACUGGGGACCACAGUCAAUGCUUUACCUAAAGGGAAAACAUGGAAGACGGUUUGUUCCUGACAUUGAUGAUAUUAUUUCAAGUUCAGGGUUGAAAAGCUGGUACGCAGUUCUCAAAGGGUUUCAGAAACUGAAGUCGCUGAAUGCAAGAAAACAAUCAGGAUUGUUCACAAUGCAGAACUUUGUUAUCCGUUAACUUUUUGUUUGCUGGGUCUGUACAGUGUGCCAUAUUUUGUAAUGUUUACGAUUCAAAAUAAAUCUAUUUAUGUCAAAUAUGUGGGAGAAUUUUUUUUUAUAUUGAUUUGUUUAUUUUACUGUUUAGA